AUGGCCUUACAAGCAACACUGUCGAUUCUGACAUUUCUGCAGUGUAUUUCGUUAUCAGUUCAGUGUGCACCAUUCUUUUGCACUUAUGCUAUGGGGCUAUGUAAUCCAUUCGUACCACGACCAAUGUGUCCACCGUGCUCUAUGGGCUAUGCUUGUUCGCCAGGCAUUGGACUAUGUGUUUCUAGAGCUAGGAAAUUCUCAAAACUGGCUCAAGAUGCUAUUGACGAAGAUGACAUUCAAGAGGAUCAAAAGGGCAUUCUGAAAGCGAAUAAAGAAUUUAAGACAUGCUGUGAGUUGAGUUCGAUGCCUGAUGGUUGCCUUGAUAAAUGUUCCUACAACCAAUACAAUCGACGAUCUGCUCAAAAAAUAGCGCUCGGAAUGGAGCCGUCGUGUCCAUCCGCAUCACUACCAGCACUGCAUGCGUGUGCUGCACGACAUAGUGAUCAUACGAAGUGUUGCUUGGAAAAGUCGAUUUUUGAUGAAUCUUUGUUCGAAAAAUGUCAACCCAUCUGCAGAUCUAAAGUUGACAAAAUCAUCAAACUCGAUGUCAGCUAUUUACCGUGUUUCGAGCAAUUCGAUCGACUGGUCUCUGAUUGUUUCAGAAACUACACAGCUACAGUCAGUGAAGAUUUUUGA